UAAUGAAAACAACAACCCUCAUUUUUGUAGUGCUUCACAGUUUACAAAGCACAAAGGACUCUGUGACAAGGGUAGGAAAGGAAUUAUUUUACUAACGAUGGGGGAAGAACCUGCGGGUCCCAAGGUAUUCAGAGGUCACAGGGAGGGAGCCAAGAUAGGCAGCCACAUCUCUGGCCUCCAGCCCCACCCUAGGCCAGGCAGGAACCAGUGUGGAGCUGGGGCUGGGGCUGGUGGUCUCUCUGCUCCAGUAUUCUGGCUUGUUUCCUUGUGGCACCAGGGUCCCGGGCGGCUUGCACAGGCUGGGUUCCCUCCAGGCAUUAGCCCUGAAGCUCUGUACCUGCGUACUCUGGCUCUGGGGUCUGGCUCCUUGGACUUCGUGAGCUACCAUAUGGAGCUCCCAGGUCAAAGGUCAACGUGGGCUUUGGCUGGCCGCGGGUGGGGGUGAAGACGGGGGGGGGCGGGGGGGCCUGGACCCGUGAGGUCGGUGCUAGGGGACACAGCACGAAGAGACCCAACGAGGAGAGGCUGCCCUUCCCCUCUCCGCCUGUCUUCCACUUUGCCUCAACUGCCCCUCUGACGCUGCCUUUCUCUUUUCCCCUUCUUCGUCCUAGCCCAGUGUUGGCGCAUCUGACUCACUCAAAAUGGCAGCCCGAGGCUAGUACUCCUGUCACGCCACACCCAAGGUGGCGGGUCCCGCUCUUCCGGUCUGUGGCGCUUCCGGUUCCGGUGUAUCUCUUCUUUACCUCACGGCGCAGACAUGGCUGACGGGCCGGUUGCUCAGUUGCUUUUGCAGCGGCUGGAGGGCGGCGAUGGAGGCCUGGACAGCCUGGAGCUGGCAAGCGCGCUGGGCCUGGAGCACCAGGUCGUAGUGGGCGCCGUCAAAAGCCUGCAGGCGCUGGGGGAGGUCAUUGAAGCUGAACUCCGUUCUACCCAACGAUGGGAGCUUACACCUGAGGGCCAGGAAACAGCCCAGGAUGGCAGCCAUGAGGCCAGAGUCUUUCACAGCCUGCCUCCUGAGGGUCUGGUGCAGAGUGAACUCAUGAAACUGCCCAGUGGGAAGGUGGGCUUCAGCAAGGCCAUGUCCAACAAGUGGAUCCGUGUAGACAAAAAUGUGCCUGGUGGGCCCCGGGUGUUCCGUGCUGUGGACAGUGUGGAGGACUUGGUGCAGGCAAAACUGCAGCUGGUGCAGGAUGGGGAAGCCGAGCGUCUGAGUGAAAAGGAGAGGAACGAACUGAAGAAGAGAAAGCUGCUGUCCGAAGUGACCCUGAAGACCUACUGGGUGAGCAAGGGGAGCGCCUUUAGCACCAGCAUCUCCAAGCAGGAGGCUGAACUCAGCCCUGAGAUGAUCUCCAGUGGCUCCUGGCGGGAUGUGAAAUUCAAAGCAUACAACUUUUCAGCAAAAGGUGUCAUACCAGAAGGGGGCCACCUGCACCCGCUGAUGAAAGUUCGCACACAGUUCCGGCAGAUCUUCCUGGAGAUGGGCUUCACAGAAAUGCCAACUGACAACUUCAUCGAGAGCUCCUUCUGGAACUUUGACGCCCUUUUCCAGCCCCAGCAGCACCCAGCCCGAGACCAGCACGACACCUUCUUCCUCAAGGACCCAGCAGAGGCCCUGGAUUUUCCCAUGGAUUAUCUGCAGCGUGUGAAGCUGACUCACUCUCAGGGUGGCUACGGCUCUCAGGGCUACAAAUAUGACUGGAAGCUGGAGGAGGCCCGGAAAAACCUUCUACGGACACACACUACAGCUGCCAGCGCCCGGGCGCUCUAUCGCCUUGCCCAGCAGAAGCCCUUCUCCCCAGCCAAGUACUUCUCCAUUGACCGGGUUUUCCGUAAUGAGACGUUGGAUGCCACCCAUCUGGCUGAGUUCCACCAGAUUGAGGGUGUAGUAGCUGACUAUGGCCUCACCCUGGGCCACCUUAUGGGCAUCCUCAAAGAGUUCUUUACCAAACUUGGCAUUACAAACGUGCGCUUCAAGCCAGCCUACAACCCCUACACUGAGCCCAGCAUGGAGAUCUUCAGCUACCAUCAAGGUUUGAAGAAGUGGGUGGAGGUGGGGAACUCAGGGGUCUUCCGGCCAGAGAUGCUGCUGCCCAUGGGGCUGCCUGAGGGCGUGUCUGUCAUUGCCUGGGGCCUCUCCCUGGAGAGACCCACUAUGAUCAAAUAUGGCAUCAGUAAUAUCCGAGAAUUGGUGGGACACAAAGUGAACCUGCAGAUGGUGUAUGACAGCCCGUUGUGCCGCCUGGACACCUAGUCUUUGCCCACUCACAAACUGGAUCCCCCUACCCCAUGUGUUCAUGUAGUGCUCAUUCAGUCUCUGUUUGGAGACCUGCAUCUGGACCUUGGGCCCCUCCGACUUCCCUGGGUAUCUGGAGCCAACCUGGGCCAUGCCUUGGACUGUCAUCUCCUUUCACUACCCAGACACCUAAAUAUGUGGAACUCCGCCUGCCCAACACUCCCCUACAUAUUUAUCUUCUGAAAAUUCAAGCCUAGACUUUCCACCUCCUCAUCCUGGUUUACUUCCCA